CUCAUUCUACUGAAGCUGAACGCGCUAGCUGUACUGUCCGGUUACAAGACCGGUUACUAGAACUCACAAUACUUCAUGAUACUUCAUUAUAAUUACGGAUUUUUGGGGUUAUCAUAAAAAGUACUGGCUUUUAAUCGUAUCCUAUCUGUGUGAACGGCUCUUAGUCUACUUGCCCAGACAGCAUGUUCAGAGUGAGGCCAAGGUAGCUUCUCGGACCCAGAUAACCAGCAGGCCUGGCAGAGAGAACCAGCACAGACCCAGAGAGAGGGAGGUCAGUGCCAGGACAGAGCCCAGAAAGAGGGAGGAGAGAGCCCAAAAAAAGUAUUGACGGACAGGCGAGGGGAAGAAGAGAUCCAGGGAUUAGUGGCUAAUCCAGGCUACGACCAAUCCCCUGAGGAGACCCCCCUUUUUCCUUCUGAAAACUCAGACAGCCGCCCGGAUUACUGCAUUAAACUUAUUACCUUUUAGAGACUUCUGUUUUUGUUAUUUUUCUGAAACCAACUGGUGCUCAGUUUCAGCCCUGCUCUAUCAGAUGCCUGGAGUGUGGGCGGCUGGAUUUGCGUAACUCUGAAAACAAAGGAUCAGAAGGAGAGGAGGAGGACAGAGCAGGGCAUGGGGGGAUGCUGGAACGUGUAGGAGACAUCUAGGAGCGUUCCUUAAAGACGUGUGGGGAUAAACCUUCGGGCUCCGGCUGUGUCUGCGGGAGUCAGACGAGAGGUCAACAAGUCUCUCUCUCUCUCUCUUUCUUUCACCCAUGAGAGAGAAUCUGCUUUGCUUCACAUUCACACACAAGCUGAGUAGUGCAUGAUUGCUUUUGCCUCUGCAGCUCACAGUCACAUCGGAGAGUUAGUCAGGGAUGUUGAGGUGGUGGCUUGAACUGUAAGUAUAUGAAGUCUGGUUAUGAGUGUCUGGUUCAUGCUCUCGAGAGGUUAAGACUAUCUCAAAUUCAACAUCACACCUAAUAGAAGUCUGUUGGUCUGGUAAGUAGACCCCUGGUACUGCUCUCUCUAUCUCUCUCUCGCUCGCUCUCUCUCUUUCCAGUCUGUGGUAUGAGGCGUGCUUCCUCCCUCUGUGCUGCUCCCAGCUGCCCCUCUUAAAACGCCAGCCAGUGGAGACCUAAAGGAGAGGGCCUGGGACUGUGGUCAGGAGCAAAUGAAAAGGCUGCUUUAACCCUGACGCAAUCCCAUUCAGAGGUCUGCUCCAAGUCAUUAAUAAAGACGGGCUAUCGCUCGUAGGAGGGCCUCGGCAGUGGAAAGCUCUUAAAAGAACAAGAACACCUUGUCAGUGUACGUUACCCUAUCAAAUUAUUACAGAAAGCAAUAUCCAUUACUUUGCUGGCUAAAGAUAACAAAGGAAAAGUCCAUUAUUUGCAUACCUCCUGCCAGUGUUGUCUUACUGGGGUAUUUUGUGCAAUAAAAGUCAGCUAAGUGAUUUUCUUAUCAGUACAUUUGUCAGUAUUUUAUGAAUUUUGGGCUAAAAAUAGAACAGAGUUUUUUUUUCUGGUGGAACAUAUUUUGUUUGAGAACAAUGGGGCGUCUGGUCAGAUCAGCUGUAAGUGUUGAAUGAGGGUCUCUGCUUUUAUACAGAUUUUGCAAAUGUAUUUCGAGGAAAUAUGUGAUAUGAUUAAGUAGCACUCAUGUUGUAACGAAACACAGGACGAGUGAGAGACAAAAUACCCUGAAACUCUCAGACAAAAAAAACAGACUUGCAUUUCAUUUGUUCUCGAGGGCAGUGACAGGAGAGUCACUGUGGUCUACAUUUAGAAGGUUCUAGAACAGUGAACGUUGAAACCCGGAACUUUGACGACUAACUGCAGGCCCGGGUCUGUAGAAAAACCUGAUCCAGUUACUUUAUGACUGAAUGUUCCAGACAGUGAUGUGUUCUGCCAGAUCUCCUACCUGGUUCUACAUCUACACACUAAAUCUCUAGCAAAGAAAGUCCCCUCAGGGUUACUGGACUGUUAUAGCUGCAUUUGAGCCUCUUCUAGACGGAGAAUUGAAUACAUUUUUGUGCUUUCUUUUAAUAAAUGGUUCCAGUGUACAACCGCAGGAGGGAUAUUUGCAGCUAGAACUGGGGUUAUUCCUGAGCUGAUGUUUUAUAAACCCAAAGCCUAAAACAACUGUCGAGCAUAGCGUCUCUGACCACAUUCAAACCGGCAGUGGAUUCCAGGAACUGAGCUGCAUACUUUUUCCCUCCAUUUCUCUCGACUUAAUCCAGCUGGAUAUGGAUGACAACAAACAGCAGAAAAUGGGACUGAAAUCGCAAACAGCACAUGAUAACAAGAGAAUACAAUAGAUAUUUCCAUUACUGAGGUUCACCCUACAAGACCUGGUGGUGGAAUUCUAUGCAAAACCUAAACGAUCACUGAAGCAAAUCUUUCACCGAAGAUAUUUAAAUUCCUUUUCCAUCCCUACUUUCAGUGGAUUUAAAGGGAUUUUUGUAAUUUUUUUUAGAGAACCUUACCCUUGGCCAUCACCAUGAACCUGGGGAAGAUCCCUGGGCUGAAGGGCCUGGUGGCCGGCUCUCAGGGUAAACGUCAUUUCAAGGGUGACCUCACCUUGGACAUGAUCAGCCCUCCGCUGGGAGACUUCCGUCACACCAUGCACGUGGGCCGCGGAGGGGACGUGUUCGGGGACACUUCAUUCCUUAGCAAUCACGGCGGGGCCGCCAACGGAAACGAGGAUGAUGAUUCCGUCACAAGUCCUGACAACAAGAUCGGGGCUUUCUUCUCCCGGACCCUCCGGCAUGUUCGGAAGACACCAGAGCAUCCCAGGGGGGGGUCGAAGGACCUGUCCCCGCCACCCCCUCCCAUCUCCCCCAUCAUCAAGAACGCGGUGUCCCUCCCUCGGCUGGAUGUGGACGGCUGCCCUAUUAAAAACCUCUUCCACACCUCUCCUACCUCCCUGGAUGAGACCACUUAUGGUUAUGGUCUGGAGUCAGGUUUUGUCACUCUGCCCCGCCUCUCCCGCUCAGCGGAGCGUCAGUCGCAGCAGGGAGGCUCUAACUCCUGUACCCCCAACACCCACGGCGGCUCGCUCACCGACGUCUCUGCCCUCCUGUCCUCCUCCGCUGACCCGACCCUGACCUCUGACCCCAGUCACAUGACCCGGUUCGACUCCUUGUCCUCCAUGGCAUCCUUCACAUUCGACCUGGGGCCCUCCCUCAUGAGUGAGGUGUUUGGUUUGAUUGACAGCCCUAAUGGCCACCCAGAGCCCAGCCACGCCUGGGAGUCAGAAGAGGCGAAAGAGCCAAGCGGCUCUGCAUUUGGGUUUGCGACCAAUGAAGGCUCGGAGAUGGACUCGGAGAUGGAUGCCACCACUGCCUCAUUGGUGGAUUCUCUGCUUCGAGAGGACUGUAGUAGCAGUAGGAAGAGUCCAUAUGGGAUGGAGUGGGAAGAGGAGGAAGAGGAGGCUAGAAGAAUGGAGGUGAAUGGAGGUGAGCAGCAUCUUAAAGGGGCAGUGCCUGAUUUAGUUAUGGGCUCCCCCUCUAGACAGAGGCCUGCUAUGGAGAGUGAGAGGUUCCAGGGUUCCACUGAUGUGCUGGGGGUGCUCUAUGGGGUUGGAGGGCUCCUGAAGGGGCAGCAGAGGAUGGAUCUGGAGGGAAAGGUGACCAUGUGCCAGACCAUGAAGAAAACCCCUUACAUCUGCAUUACACCCGAUGAGGAAGAGGAGGAAAUCAAAGUCUGAACUACAUUGACAGCCUCAAUUGUGUUUAACCAGAAUUACCUAUAACAGAUGUCCCACUGGGCACACACUGGUUGAAUCAACGUUGUUUCCAUGUCAUUUCAUUUAAAUUACUUUGAACCAACAUGAAAUAGACAUUGAAUUGACGUCUGUGCCAAGUGGCUUGUGAUUAUUGGUUAAUUCCUUGUAAAGUCUUUUGUUUAAAGAAACUGUCUCUAUUGACCUGACUCAGCUUUGAACCCUUCUUCAUAAUUUUCAAAUAUUCUUUUCAGAAAUGUAAUGUUAUGUCGUCAGGAGACUCACUUAAAGACUUUGAUUGUUCCCAAAUUCUCCCAAAUGUAAUGGAAAGUAUGUUUGUUGAAAGACUCAUUGAAAGAUUAUGGAUGCUGAAAGUUCCCCAGGCAAACAUGCUGUAUGGAAGGAGCUAGAACAGGCUAAUAAUAGCUAACUACAUGUCCUUUUAAAAGAGGUCACUGGAACCAAUGGCGAACAAAGAAAUAAAGAGACGGAGUAGAAAGUGUGAGAAUGUACCAGAGAAAGUGGUCGGACACAGAAGAGUUACCAUGGAAACCAUAGGAGGUUGGUGGCACAUUAAUUGGGGAGAACGGGCUCGUGGUAAUGACUGAAGUGAAAUGGUAUCAAAUACAUUAAACACGUGGUUUUUCCAGGUAUUUGAUGCCAUCCACUUGUGCCGUUCCGGCCAUUAUUAUUAGCUGUUCUCCCCUCAGCAGCCUCCUGUGAUGGAAACACUAAAGACAUUGCUCAACAUUGUGUAAGUCUGUUAACAGCUGGUUAAAUAUAUACUGAGUGGACUUCCUGAGAAAAAUGCUCAGUGUGACUUCAUAUAACUAUUCAAGGCAAAAGGCAGGACACGAAGACAAAGCAGUAGCGGUUUCAACCCGACUUCAUCUUUCCCUCACCACCAACCAGUCCCAUGGGAAACAAACUACGCCAAGAGAGAGAGAUCUUAACUCUUAGCACGUGACGUUAACUUCAGGAAAACAGUCCUCUUUUGCCUGAAGAUUACACCCAAGACAAACACUUCGUUUUUGCUUAUUCUACAGAUGCAGUAUGAAGCACAAACCAUGAGAAAUUCACUCAGAAAUGAAAUAGAAGAUCAUUUUGUACAAUGUAAUAAUCACAAGUAUAAUGUUGUUACAGUAUGUUUGUUAAUUCACAUAUUUACAUCAUACCCCAUUUAGACAUGUUUCCCAAAUUUCAUUAUGGAUCUAGCUAACUCUCAUCUUGCUUUUCGAUAGGAUAGUCACCUGCUUGUCUGCUAUUGUGUCAACCAAUGGUUGAAUCCUAUUUUUAGACUAUAUUAAGAAAAACAAUGUCCCCCAUCCGCAUAAAUGUGCUGCUAUUGAUACCAAUGAUAUUUCUAUAAUGAUAAAUGAAAUAAAAUGUUUUUAAUAAG